AUGGCAGCAAAUACCUUGGAGCAGAUUAAUGCUCUGUUGAUCACAACUUCAGCUAAAGGAGAGUUGGAGCUAUUGCAAAAGGUUCAUUCCAACUUACAGCCUUUGUCAUUGAAACAUUCCUCUCCAAUACAAAUUCCUAGAGAUGAUCUAAUUGAGGAGGAGGUCAUACUCCCCGUCAAUGGUCGCUGUCAGAAUUUUACAGAUCCCUUGGAAUUCUGUGGUACACAAGAAGCACUCAAUAAAUUUACAUGUUAUGUCUUUGAUCGUCGGUUUGGUUGGUCUGAGGCCAAUAGUGAUGGUGGGGGACGAGUCAGACGGAUGUCCUGUACAGGAACUGUGUUAGCCUCCAGUGAUGGUCAUCACAAGGCAAUCAUCAUUGAUCUAUUGGAUGUAUUUCUAAAAUGGUAUGCUCAGCAGGACCUGUACAGUUCCCUUACUGAGGCCUACAAGUACACACUAAAACAGGUUGCAAACAUGCCAGUAGUGCGAAACCGAACAGUUGUCCAUAUAAUGGAGUGGUUGAAGGAGAACAGACACAGUCUUGCUGACUGUCAGUAUGCCAGCAGUACAUUGGACCUGAUUAAAUCAGCUCUAACUGAUGUCUGGUCUGCAAUAAGAAAUGCAUGUGCUAAACAGUUUGUACACAUAGUUGGAUAUUUCAGACUGACAGAACAGGAGCUUCUUUUCAACAGCUUAGUGCAGAUUUGCAAGUGCGAUAAAAGUUUAUGGCAAGCUAAAGAGGGCGCUAUUAUGGGCAUCAAUUCUAUGAUUCUGCAGUGCCAGAAUAGUUCAAGUUCUCAGUCACACACUCCUCAGUUUUUUCUGGAGGCAGACUCUCAGGUGUGUGAACAGAAAUCAGUUCCGGAUUUUGUGUCAAAUCAGAUACAUACAGUGGUGUUUAGCUUACUGUCCAACCCCCAACUGACCAUCAGGGAGAAUGCUGCUAAAGCUCUGUCAGCAUUUAUAUCCUCUUCUGAUGGCAAGGAAGCACUGUCAACAUUAGAAAAAGUUAUUUCUGUUCUUUGGAGUGAAAUCAACAUGAGACAAGUAGAUAAAAACUAUGGAAAUGUGCAAUUACCGGUGAAAUUUCUUGAUGCCUAUGCAGCUGAAGGGAUUUUAGAUGUCUGUCUAUUCCUUGUAAAGGUGCUGCCUCUUCAGCGUCUCCUUCCACGCUGUCCACAGUACCUGUCUACAUUUCUCCUCUACUUGUCACAUCCAGCAUCCACAGUGCGACAGGCUGCCAGUAACAUAUUUAAAUAUCUAGUUGCCAAAAGUAGUCACAGUGCAGUGCUUGUGAAACUUGUGCUACAAGCUCUAACAGAAGGUUGGGAACCUAAUCUUGAUGCUCUCAGUAGAGAAGAAAAAAGUGGAGAUGCCUCAAGUCACAGUACCCGGCCUUCAGUGUCAGAUGCCACAGAAGGUAGUAUUCUUGAGACAUGGGAAAGCAGGGAAGGAAGACUGUUUGCCUAUGAGCUGAUAAUGAAGUUCUUGAUCAAGAACCACUGGCUUUACACCUUUGGUCCUGCAGGAUCUGGUGCAGGAAUGGAUUGGAGGGACAGAUCUGGGAGCAUGGAGACAGACAGAGAAAUACUCACUGGUUUUGAACAAGGACAAGAACGACAAAAAGGUAAUGCAAAUGGCAGCGACCUCCUUCAACAUGGAGAUAUGCAGACGUUAACAACCCCAGUGGAACCAGUGGACGAUCUGCAUACCUCCGAGUCAGAAAUGUCCUUCGCAGUUCGCUUCUUCACACAAGACAUGUCAGGUGACCAUAAUGAAGCAAAACCCAAUGACAGGAUAACAGGAGCAGUAAAUGGUUCCUGUCCAUCACAUAAGAUCAAGGACACAAGUCCAAGUCAGCUGGACAAUACAUACUCCAUACUGAUGCAAGUCAAGUUCCUUGAGGCAGUCAAAGAUACAGGUAAAAAUCACAUCCCUGCAAGUCACCAGCUUCAGACACUAGAGCGACUGUUCCACCAAAAGGAUGAGAGUGUUGAGCGACAGAUGGUGGAAAGUUGGCUACAGGCACAGGAAGUGUCUAAUCUAAGAUCCAGUCUCGUCCGUGUCCUUCAUCAAACUCUUGAAUGUUUAUCGGACUCACGUUGGGAACUCGGACGCAUGGCACAACAAGUGUUGCCCUGUUUAGCAGAGGUCAUUCGAUGGUUUGACAUGAGUAUUUUAGAGGACUUGUGGAAAACACACCUACCACAGAAUACCAGUCUGUUUACCUAUGCUGCAGCAUUGCUUCUCAAGGAGUCUGUUAUACACUGUGUUAGACUGGAGCCUCUACUUCACAAGCCACCAGGGUCAUGGCAGGACCAUGAUGUCUGUAAGAAGAUAAUCUCAAAUAUUGUAAAAAGUCUGACCACUCAGCUGCACAGUUGUCUCCCUUGUCUGGACAAUAUCGUACAACGACCAGUAUUUGACCGCCUGUCUGUGAUAGCAGCCAGCACGAUUAUUACAGUGCACAACCACUUCUCUAUACAGGAUGACCAGAGAGUGAAACAGACUGCCACAGUGCUAUCUUUCUGGAAACUCCUGUUCUGUUUUACUCACCCAAACUUGCGAAUCUCCAAAGAUUUAAUACAUGGCAACACUGAUAUUAAGCUUUUCUCAUCACCAUUUGAGGGCUAUUUGAGUUGUUGCUUGGUCAGACCUGACAAUAAACUACAAUGUGCCAAACAAGUGGAGAAACUAUUCAUCACGGAGAUCCAUCACACCUGUAGACAUUUCCUACAAAACCUGCCAGUAGAAAGUUCCUCCCUCCUACUUCCUAUGGUGGCUCACUACACUGGUAUAUUUGUGGAGGACUCGCAUAUCUGUAAAGCAUUAACAGAAUGUCUCAGUGUGGUUGGUGCCAAGGUAGUGGAGUUAACCAUGAGAAUGGAAGACAAUGAACAAAGACAAAGCUGUCUCAAAUGUGUUAAUUUGUCCUUAAAAGAGCUGUCAGCAAUUGUAACAAUGAAGAGUUCAGAGGUACACUUGGUACAGAAAGUGUUGAAUAUCUACAUUACGUUGUGUCAGGCCCUAAACCCAGUCAAGCAUCUACAUCUUAUCCUGAUGGCUAUCUGUUCCAGGGUUAACAAGGAUAUCUACUUCAGUGCUGAACACUCACCUCGUCCUGGGGAUGACCUUUCCUUAUUAUCUAACAACAUUCCAUUGUCCAGCAGUCCCGACACAGCCCAACAUUGGGACCAAGAGUAUGUGGUCAUCACUGGAAGUCCUGGAGUGUUUCCGGAGUGCUUGACUCUGGACCUUAGCAACAACAGUGGUAGCCUUCCAUCUGGUCGCCUCAGUUCAUUAAGUCAGUAUAGUGAUAAAGGACGAGCACGCUCCCCCACACAAAGUUUGGAAAAUGAUGAUGGGGAGCAUGGUCAGGAGGGCAAUGAUUCUGACUGGGAUAGCUGGGAUGAGGAGGAAAAUGAGGGAUCUGAAGCACUGAAGGAAGCAUUCUUGGAGUUCCUCAUAAAGCUCCGAAAAAUUUGUAAUUCAGGGUCAACAGAUAUUUUCACCACAGAGCUUAAUAAGUUGGAGUAUCGCGAGAAAACACUGAUCCUGGACAUCAUGGAGGGAUGACAGGAGUCACAAAUAUGUAUACAUUAUCCGUCCAAAGAUUCACUUUUGU